CAUGUAGCGCAAUGGCGUCUUACUCUCCAGCCCGAGGCGCCUGUAGCGAUCGAGCGUGGUGCAUAGCCGGGCGCUGAUCGACUUGUUAUUCUUAGAGGCAUCGAUUGCUCCGCCCCGCCAUCACCUGCAGCCUUCCCACAGCUCACUGCGAUGGCUCCCAAACUGCCGUGGCACAAGAGCAAUAAAUCGCAGAUCUCGGUCGCCGCGUCGCCAGGACAGCCGUUGCCGUUGCCGUCUGUGCUUAGCAGUGGUGAUAACAGCAACAGCAGUACCAACGGGAACAGCCUCACCAACAGCAUCGCCAACAGCGAGCAGCGCUUCCAGACGCCAGACCAGUACGGACAAUCGCCCCAGCGCACCACCAGCACCAACACAGCCCACCGCCAGAGCGCGCACCACCUGCCGUUAGAGCAGACAUAUCAGCAGCAGCAACAGACGGGCGCUCCGCAGACAUCGCCAAUCGCCGACCAGCCGUACCAGACCGCGCCCACGCCCGGCUACGUCCAGGAGCCCAAGAAAGCUUCGUUCCGCAGCCGCAUCGCCGCCGGGUUCACGGGACACAGGGACGACGACGCGACGAAGCAGGCCACCAGGAACCCGCUCGGGCGCAAGCAGUCGGUCAGGAAGACGGGCCCCGAGUACUCCGCUCAGGACGCCAGUCGUCUGCAAGCCUCGCAGUGGCAGCAGCAGCCGCAGCAGCAACAGCAACAGCCGCAGCAGCGGACAGGCUCGAGCCCGCAUCUGCCCCCGUCCACCGAGGAGGACGAGUCCAACCUCGACCCGUUUCUGCAGCAAGAAGGCCGCUCACCACAAGUCCCACCCAAGGACGUUCCCUACCAGCAGCACUUCCAGCCAGGCACGCACCAGGAGUACGCUCGGUCCCCACCUGAGGGCGUCAGCGGGGUACAUCAGCAGCCACCGCAACCACAACAACAGCCCUACCAGAACUACCAGCCAACAUCCCAGCACUCGAGCACGAAAGAGUACACGGCCUUUAACCCGCAGAACACGCCGAGCCCCCUCUCUGUGCACGCUCAGCUACACACCCACGACACGACCCCGCAGCCGCAGCAGUACUACCAGUAUCAGCAGAACACAUCGCAUCCGCAGCAGCAGUCGAAUCAACAACAAUCUCCGCAGAGCACACAGCCACAGCAGCAGCAACAGCAGCAGCAGUCCCCGACGCGCCAGCUCCCCCACCUCAUCCAGCCCGACUCGCUCAGGCCGCCCUCGUCGCAGCAGCAGCACGCCCCGCCGUCGCCCCUCCAGCAAGCCCACGACGAGUCACACACGCAAAAUACAACCCCGCCGCAGGACAACAUGGCGCCCAGCAGCCAGAACAGCGUCAAGAGCAGCAUGCGCAAGGUCGCCGACGGCCAGCAGCAGCCAGGACCGCCCACGCGCGAGCCAUCACUCCUCCAACAGCCAGGUCAGACCUCCGCUCAGCCACCCGUGUCGCCGGGCAUCGCAUCGUUUGGCGCUAACGUCGUGCCGUCAGCCUCGCAGGGCCAGCCGUACAGAGGUGACAAGCAGUCGCAAGGCGAGAUAAGCAGGGCCACGCCGCCGCCACGCUCCGCAAGCGACAUGACGGACGAGAGCCUGGAGAAGAUGAUCAAAGAGCACGAGGUGCUGCGCGAGAAAUAUCAAAAGGUCAAGCGCUACUUUUUCGAGCAACAGACGCAGGUGCACCAGCUGCAGAAUACGCUCGCCAACCAACGCAUGUCGCUGUCCCGUACGUCGUGGGACGAUAGCGAGUACACGACGCGCUUCAACAGACUUGACGGCCUGAUUGCGCAGCUGUCCUUUUCCAUCCGCAAGGAUUGGCGCUCGAUUCCGCCAUGGCUGCACGUCGUCGUCAACAAGUCGGCGGUGGAGACGGGUAAGCAGGAGAUGACGGCUGUGGGGCGCGCCUUCAUGUCCCACUGGCUGGUGGAAAACAUUUUCGAAAAGUACUUCCACCCCGACCUGGACCCAGGCCUUUCGACGCAGUUGCAGGCAAUCCAGACCAACAUCCGCCGCUUUGCGCCCGUCUCCCACUCGGCCGAAGACGAGGACUCGCUCGCGGCAAAGCUCAUCAACUGGCGGCUGGCGACGCUCGAAGGGCUGGCGGAUCAUCUCCGGGCGCCACAGGCCGAAGUGAACCGACAAACGCUGACGCAUACAUUGAAUGAGAAGCUUAUCGCCUCGCUGCAGAUGUAUCUGAAUGAUCCUGCGCCGCCGGACUUGAACGGCGGGGUGCCCAUGAUUGUCGAGCUGGCCAUCAGCAUCGCGCAGCAUCUGCCGUUGGAGAGCCGGGAAGUACAUAUCGAGUACUUCCCACCAGGUCACGGCAUAGUGUCAGACUUCAUGAAGAUGGAAUCUGGCAUCCCCGCGCUGACCAGCCCAAUUGCAGACGCAGAGGAGGCCGACCGGGCGUCUGUACGGAGUGUCGCGUCCAAAGCCGAGGAUGCAGCCUCGCUCGCCGAGCAGGAGCAGCUGCCCAAAGAAGACAAGAAGCGCGGCAUGUUUGGUUUCGGCAAGAAGCCCACGCAGACGUCGAAGCGCGAGAGCACCCUUGGACAGGGCGGCAGCCAGCUGAGUCUCUCGCAGCCUCCACCUAGCGCGGCCGGGCCCAAAGACGAGCUGCCACCGCGCGUGCGCAUGGCUGUUGGCGUGGCGGUGCAGAUUCGCGGGAAGAGUAUUUUGAUCAAGGCGCCCGUGUACAGCACGUGAGUGGUGACAGUUAUAUAACGAUGUAGUUGGUUCUGAAGCUGGAGCGAGCGUGUGAUGUCUUUUUUUACUCCCAUUUACGUAGCUGUGCUGCAAGAUUGGAGGUGCAUGCCGAUACCCUCGUUGCUUCUACGGUUGUG